GAACAGAAGGACGGAAGUGACUGUUGGGCCGGCUGAGGUCGCUUUAAAUUCCCUCCCCCCCUCCCCUUUCCCGGGCUCCGCGCGGGCGUCAAUGGCGUUGGACGUGAAGUCGCGAGCGAAGCGCUACGAGAAGCUCGACUUCCUCGGGGAGGGACAGUUCGCCACGGUUUACAAAGCCAGGGACAAGAACACCGGUCAGAUCGUCGCUAUUAAAAAAAUCAAACUUGGACAUAGAUCAGAAGCCAAAGAUGGUAUAAACAGAACAGCCUUGAGGGAAAUAAAAUUACUACAGGAACUAAGCCAUCCAAAUAUUAUUGGUCUCCUUGAUGCUUUUGGGCACAAGUCGAAUAUUAGUCUUGUCUUUGACUUUAUGGAAACUGAUCUAGAGGUAAUAAUAAAGGAUAAUAGUCUUGUGUUGACACCUUCACAUAUCAAAGCCUACAUGCUGAUGACUCUUCAAGGAUUAGAAUAUUUGCAUCAACAUUGGAUUCUACAUCGGGAUCUAAAACCAAACAAUUUGCUGUUGGAUGAAAAUGGAGUUUUAAAAUUGGCAGAUUUUGGCCUAGCUAAGUCAUUUGGGAGUCCCAAUAGAACAUAUACACAUCAAGUUGUUACUAGAUGGUAUCGAGCCCCUGAGCUACUCUUUGGAGCUAGAAUGUAUGGUGUAGGGGUCGACAUGUGGGCUGUUGGCUGUAUAUUAGCAGAGUUGCUUCUGAGGGUUCCUUUUUUGCCAGGAGAUUCUGACCUUGAUCAACUAACAAGAAUAUUUGAAACUUUAGGAACACCAACAGAAGAGCAGUGGCCUGGUAUGUGUAGUCUUCCAGAUUAUGUGACAUUUAAGAGUUUCCCUGGAAUCCCCUUACAGCAUAUCUUCAGUGCUGCAGGAGAUGACUUACUCGACCUCAUACAAGGCUUAUUCACAUUUAAUCCUUGUACUCGGCUCACGGCUACUCAGGCAUUGAAAACUAAGUAUUUUAGUAACCGACCAGGCCCUACUCCUGGCUGCCAUCUGCCGAGACCAAACUGCUCUACGGAGGCCCUGAAGGAGCAGCCACACUCAGCCAUGGCAGCAAAACGGAAACGCACAGAUGCCUUGGAGCAAGGAGGAUUACCAAAAAAGCUGAUUUUUUAAUUACUGUGAGUACUGGACAGAAUUAUGCUGAUGAAAAUAG